CAUUUAGCUAUUCAAAACUGGACCGAUUUCACCAGGUUUAGCGAGCAAUGCUGUUUUGGUUGUCACUGACAAAACACGUGACCGCUGCCGAAAAAACAAUGGGGCCGCAGCUCCCAGGAAGCUUCAGUGAGAGACUGAAGUGACAGGCUCGCCUUCCGCGCCGGUGUCCAACGCCUGUUAUUUCAUUGUUUGCUCUGCGCCAAUGCGAUCCUGAGGAGUCGCUUAUUUCUGUUCUUUCUAAUACUUAUCGACUCGUCUUUGCACCGCGCGCGAUACCGGAGAUUGUUGUUCUUUUUUUUUUUCUGCCGGACAACUCGUUGCUACCCGGACUUUCCAAUUUCCUCAUCACUUCCUAAAUCGCAGUAACCUUCUUCAUACAAAGACCCUCUCAUAAAUCGAAUCCGAGAUGUCCCUCUUCGGAAACGCACCGCCCGCCGGUGGUGGUGGGCUAUUUGGCUCCACCGCCAACAAACCCAGUCCAUUUGGUUCGAAUACAGGUACGGCCGGUACUCAGCCUAGCGGAGGAGGACUGUUCGGCUCGACUCCCAGUAACCAGCAGCCCUCGACGGGUGGUGGAGGAUUAUUUGGUUCGGCACAGAAUAACCAGGGUGCGCCUGGUGCUACUGGUGGUGGAUUGUUUGGCUCAACGCCGCAGAAUAACCAACAACAAGGUGCUACAGGAGGUGGUUUGUUUGGCUCGACGGCGAAUCAACAGAGUUCGACUGGUGGUGGUGGGUUAUUUGGGUCUUCGACGCCGCAGAACCAGCAGCCUUCUGGGGGCGGCCUGUUUGGCGCUACAGCGACACAGAAUCAGCCCUCCGGUGGUAGUGGUUUGUUUGGCUCCUCGACAGCACAGACUCAACCCUCAGGCGGGGGCUUGUUCGGAUCCACGACUCAGCAAAAGCCUGCCGGUGGUCUCUUUGGCGGCGGCGGAUUAGGAGGAGGACAGCAACAACAGACCGGGGGUGGUCUCUUUGGUGGCGGAGGACAACAACAACAGCAACAACAGCAGCAACAACAACAACCGCAACCACAGACUGGCGGUGGUUUAUUUGGGGCUAGCACACAGCAGCAACAUCAACAGCCAGCGCAGCAGAGUGUCUGGGGGAAUAAUACAUUGGGUGGUCAGCCACAGCAGGGACAGCAACCUCAAUUGGGACAAAGCACUGCGCAGCAGCCGGGGUCUAGUCUUUGGUCGCCAGGACGUGCUGUGACGGGAGUGCACAGAACCGUGCCGAUGCAGAUGGCAAUUAUCAAGGACAAAUGGGAGAGCACGAGCUUUUCUUCUCCGUUUAGAACAUAUCUGUACAACAAUGUUGGCGAGGAAGCGGCACCCUUCUAUCAACCCGGUCCCGAGGACGACGAGGCAAAAUGGGAAGAAGCUUUGCGGCAGAGACCUACGUCAGGAAACGUGCCUGUUCUCGUGAGAGGAUUCUGGGAACUGGGAAAGCGCGCUCAGAGACAAAAGGACUUCUUGACCAUGAUGCAGAACCGCCUCCACGAAAUCAACAACUGCCUCUCUGAAUUACUCUCUCGCCACGACCUGAAGAUUUCCGUCAAGAUUGCCGACUGCCGGCGAAAGCACAUCGUCCUGAGCAAGCGAUGCCUUGCGCUCGCAGCCAAGACGCAAGUACUGCGAAAUCGUGGUUACGCAAUGGACGAUACAGAGGAGGAGCUGAAGAAGAAGCUUGCUCAUCUGGAGCGCUCUGUCUUCGACCCAACGCUGAAUGGACGUGGAGAGGAGAUUUGGGCUCGGAUGCUGGCGAUCCGUGAGCACUCGAAGCGUCUGCAAGUUGAGAUGGACCGGGCUGGUGCGAACGCGGCUACGCAGGGUGAGGAUGAGCUGGACGAGAAUACCAUGAAGAUUGUUAAGAAGAUUCUUGAUGACUACCACGCUCAGAUCCAACACUUGCAGAAGGAGUUGAGCUCGGUCAGGAAAGACUAUGAGGAGGCACAGGAGGCGCAGGGGCUUGCGGAUUAGAUUUCUUUUUUUUUU